CUUGUACAUAACCCGGCCCAUAUAUUAGCCCAACUCAAAACCCUAACAAAGAGAACAUAAACCAGAAAAUCCCACAAAAACCAAAUCGCCGUGAAAGCACUUCAUCAUCCCCAAGAAGCAGAGAAGAAGAAGAAGAAGAAAAUCUCAAGGGGAAGAAAAAAAUGGCAUACGCUGCAAUGAAACCAACUAAGCCUGGUUUGGAAGAAUCUCAGGAACAGAUCCAUAAGAUUAGGAUCACUCUCUCUUCAAAACAUGUUCAGAAUCUUGAAAAGGUUUGUAGUGACUUGGUUCGUGGUGCUAAGGAUAAGCAUCUUAGGGUGAAGGGACCAGUGAGGAUGCCAACAAAGGUGCUUCACAUUACCACUAGAAAAACCCCUUGUGGAGAAGGUACAAACACAUGGGACAGAUUUGAGCUGCGUGUGCACAAGAGAGUCAUUGACCUCUACAGUUCACCCGAUGUUGUCAAGCAGAUUACCUCAAUCACAAUUGAACCCGGUGUCGAAGUUGAGGUCACCAUUGCAGAUGCUUGAUUAUCGAAAAAAUGUUUUGUUAAUGCAUUCUUGUUUUAUUUGUAAUUUAACCUCCUGGCUAGGAAUGUGCUUCUGUUAAAAAUUUUGAAGUCUAAUUAUGGUAGGGUGAUAGACUCCUCGAUUAUCUUUCGUGUUUUAUGGUUAUAUCAAGUAUUUUAAGCUUUUGUUGGAAAAUGAGUUCCACAAUUUGUAUUCCUUACAGAUCUGAUGAUGGCUUAGAUGAAUCUGUUGAGGCUACUUUUCAAUUAACGGCAUAACACGGUAUAAUGUUAUCGGUGGUUUUAGUAUUAA